UUUCUGCAGAAAGCUGAUGUGUAACUAACUUCAGUGUUCCACGCUGCAAAAAUGUUCGCUUUUGGAUCAAAAGUGCUGCUGCUGCUCCUCCUGGCCUUCCCCAGCGGCUUGAUAUCCACGGGCCGAGUGUCCGCCAGCACCGAUUCCGCUGAGGACAUUGACCCAGAUGCAUCUGUUGAUGAGGAGGAAGAAGAUGAUGAAGAAGAGAUGCCAGGAGAGGAAGAUCAGAUCCAAAGCUCGGAAGGAGACGAUGACGAUGACUCUGACGAUGAAGAUAAGUUGUUAGCGUCUCACUCUGAUGCCGACACAACCAUCGUCUUCACGACAGGAGAAGAGUUUCCUGCCAAUGAAAUCGUGAGGUUCCUGGUGGGUUUCACCAACAAGGGCAGUCAGGAUUUCACCGUCGAGUCCUUGGAGGCCUCCUUCCGUUACCCCCAGGACUUCCAAUUCUACAUUCAGAAUUUCACAGCUUUGCCUUUGAGCACAGUGGUUCAUCCGGGCACGCAGGCCUCCUUCGAGUACUCCUUCAUCCCAGCUCAGCCCAUGGCCGGUCGUCCUUUUGGUCUCGUUAUCCUCCUCAACUAUCAUGACACUGAGGGCAAUGUGUUUCAGACUGCUAUUUACAACCAGACUGUCAACAUCAUUGAAAAAGAAGAAGGACUGGAUGGUGAAACAGUGUUUAUGUACAUCUUCCUUACCGGGCUGGUGGUGCUGAUGCUCUUUGCGAUGUACCAGGUCCUGGAGUCUAGGACGAAAUGCAUCGGAAUUCAAAAUGAGGAAGGUUCUCAAUAUUGUUUUCAGAAAAAGAGAAUGUCAGUAAAGUUAGAGAAAGGGACUGGCGGGAUGAGCGAUGUGGACAUCAGUUGGAUUCCUCAGGAGACUCUCAAUGCCAUAAAUAAGGCUUCCCCUAAAACAUCACCACGGAAACGGACCAAGCGGGCAGCUGGAGCGGAUCAAUAAAGCUUCUGCUUUCCGUCCGGUCAACAUGAAGUCCAUGAGGAUUUCAAAGCCCAUUUCCUCCCACAUGUCUCAUGCGUGACGAAUAGCAGUAUUUGGACUUCAAUUUCUGCUCUGCUGCUCUUCAGUUGCCACUUUGGCACUUGCCGUACAGAGCUGUUGGUCAUUUUGGUUUUUGUUGUAACAGUAUGAUUGUUUGUGUGUGAAUGUCAGAGACUGGACAGGAUAUGGGUAUACAUUAAUGCAUCUUCUCAUGAGAAUGCUGUGAAGUUAUCAUUAUGAAACAAAUUAAUCCUCACUACACUAUGUGCCUUAUCUGUGUGUCCCAUUUCACAGGACUCCACAAAGACCCAAAGUUAGGAUUACAAUUAGAAUCUUUAUUGUCAUUGCACAGUGUAAAACAAAAUUGAAGAAUUGAGAAAUUACAUACAAUAGUGAUUAUACCCAAAAAAAAAAAAAACAUUUAUAAAAAUAUAUACAUUUUCCCCUUAAAGUAACAUUUCAUAUAUAGUGGGAUGAUGGCAGCUGCAAUUUGAACAAACUGUUUUUCUGAAGGUUGGUAGAGGCUUCCUCUUGGACCCUCGGCGGGGUCUGCAGCAGACUCUUUAUUGGGGGGUUCAAACACCUUUUUGAGAAUAAAAAAUGUGAC